AUGGAUAAGCACAGUAAUGAGAUAAAGGUCGGGAUUCCGGCAAAGGUCCUUAGAUAUUUUCCAAUCAAGGACAUAUUUAGGAGGAUAUUCACAUCAAAAAGGAUGGCUGAAGAUCUGCGUUGGCACUAUACCAAUGCCGCUGAAGAUGGUACAAUGCGACACCCCGUUGAUUCUAUCUCUUGGGCACACGUGAAUGAUAAAUGGCCAGACUUUGCUGUUGAUCCAAGGAAUCUUCGACUUGGGAUUUCUACAGAUGGGAUGAACCCUUUCUCCAUGCAAAACCCCAAUCACAGCACAUGGCCAGUGUUGUUAGUGAACUAUAACACGUCUCCAAUCAUAUGUAUGAAGGCUGAGAAUAUAAUGUUGACAUUUUUGAUCCCUGGUCCAACAGCUCCUGUGUACGACUCAUUUGCGAAGGAGAAUUUCAAACUCAGAGCCUUGCUGCUUUGGAGUAUCAGUGACUAUCCAGCCUUAGGAACACUGUCUAGAUGUAAAGUAAAGGGGAAACAAGCCUGCAAUAUAUGUGGAAAGGAUACACCUGCAAGGUGGCUUAAGUUUAGCCGCAAGUUUGUCUACAUGGGAAACAGAAAGAGACUACCGCCUGGCCAUCAUUACAGAUAUAAAAAAACUUGGUUUGACAACACUGUGGAGGAAGGGAAUGCAAAUAGGAUACAAACUGGCGCUGAGAUAUAUGAGACACUACAAGCUUUUAGGAAUGAUUUUGGUAGACCUCUUGAGAAGGAAAAAAAGGAAAAUACCAGAGAGUUGCCUGUUCGUCACAAUAUUGAUGUUAUGCACGUAGAAAAGAAUGUGUCAGAUGCUAUAUUGUCUCUCUUGAUGCAAAGUGCGAAGUCAAAAGAUGGGUUGAAAUCAAGAAAAGAAUUAGAAGAUAUUGGAAUCAAAAAGCACUUGCACAUAGAGGUGAGGGGAAAAAAAACAUACUUACCUCCUGCUGCCUACUGGUUAUCGAAGAAAGAGAAGACCAUUUUCUGCCAAAGGUUAGCUAAGUUUAGAGGUCUUGAUGGUAAUUGUGGCAAUAUUGCGAAUAGUGUUUCAGUUAACCCUCCAAAUAUUGGUAGUUUAAAGUCGCAUGAUCAUCAUGUCCUAGUACAGAACUUGUUACCAUCUGCAUUAAGAGGGUUGUUACAUAGGGGUCCUAGGAUAGCCAUAAGUAGAUUAUGUAGUUACUUCAACAGGUUGUGUCAGCGCAUCAUUGACCCGGAGAAACUUAUAUCCAUGGAGACAGAGUUUGUGGAAACAAUGUGUCAACUGGAGCGCUUCUUCCCUCCAGCCCUUUUGGAUAUCUUGUUCCACCUUCCAAUACAUCUAUCAAAAGAGGCACGCUUGGGAGGACCAUUACACUUCCGCUGGAUGUAUCCCUUCGAAAGGUACAUGAAAACACUAAAGGUUUUUGUUAAGAAUUAUGCAAGGCCAGAAGCAUGUAUGGCUGCGGCGUAUUUAGCUGGAGAAUGCGUUGCAUUUUGUUUAGAGUUCCUUAAGGAUUCAGUACCAGUUCAAGAAGCAGUUAAUCGUAAUGAAGAUGUUGAGGUUGACAUAAUGGUGGUUGAAAGCUGA